CAAAGAGAUACAAAAAAAAAAAUCCAAUGGGAUUCCGGUCGAUUUUCAAUCGGAAAAAGAAGCAACCAUCCCCUACUUCAUCAGCAUCUCCGGCCGUUCCGCCCAACGGGUCACCCUUCUUUCAAUAUCCAAUGCGAUCCCCAACCCAAAUCCAGCUCCAAGAACUCGAAGAAGUCUUCAAGAAGUUCGACGCCAAUGGCGACGGCAAGAUCUCGUCGUCGGAGCUCGGUUCCAUCAUGGGUUCCCUCGGCCAAAAACUCUCCGACGAAGAACUCCACAAGAUGAUCAAAGAGGUCGACGCCGACGGCGAUGGGUUCAUAGGUUUCGAGGAAUUCGUGGAGCUGAACACCAAGGGGGUGGAUUCCAAUGAGGUUUUGGAGAAUCUGAAAGACGCGUUCUCCGUGUAUGAUCUAGACGGGAACGGUUCGAUUUCGGCGGAGGAACUUCAUAAGGUUCUUCAAAGCCUGGGGGAUGAUUGCUCCAUUGCUGAAUGUAGAAAGAUGAUUAGUGGCGUCGAUAACGAUGGAAAUGGGUUGAUUGAUUUCGAAGAGUUUAAGGUUAUGAUGAUGGCUGGUACAAGGCACGGUAUGGUUCCAUGAAUUCUUAGAUACUUCUUAUUGUCCAAAAACACGAUUGAUCUAAUUUUUUCUUUCCUGGGA